AUGGAGGCGUACUGCAAUGCAGUGCGUCGCCUCGAGGACAAGUUCGACGGGCUCGAGCUCAAUCACAUCGCGCUCAAGUACAAUGAGGAAGCGGAUGAACUGGCCAAGAUCGCAUCCGGGCGGACCACCGUUCCCCCGAACGUCUUCGCCCGCGACCUCGCCAAGCCAUCCGUCGACUUCAGGAACCCUGCGGAAGCCAUCAGAGCAGCACCCGAACCCUCGGGGGCUGCGACCGUCGAGCCAUCAGCCGAAGACCCCUCGGCGGAGGGGCCCGAGGCCAUGGACACUGACAUCGAGACCUUCUUAGUGGACGAGGCUGAGGCAAUGGAGCUCGACGAGGCCCCACCUUCGCGAGACUGGCACACCCACGCAGUCCCUCGGGCGUUCUGCAAUGAUGCAUCCCCACCCGAGGGCAAGGAGCUGAUCCGGGACAUCCAUGCUGGGAUCUGA